UUCUCGUUCUGAGAAAAGUAUGAUUUUCCAGCAGAGUUCAUUCAUUGUGUGAUCGCAGGUCGAGAGGAUGACAGCUCGAGUGUACUGCGCUGUGUUAUUGUGUCUGUCUGGAUGCUUGAGCACAACAGAUGCUGCUCCAGGAGAAAACUUCACAGUGGCCGGUUACUCUCCGGGGAAGGUGACGAUGGAGGGGUUCCGUCGAGGAUGUGCUUCUGACAGAGACUGUUCUAGAGGAUACAGAUGCUCUGAGGCUGUGUGUGUGCCGCCUGCUUUCAAAAAGCCAGGAGUGUGUCCACGCAGACAAUAUACAGCAGAAAUGUGUGCCCUGAUUCGUUUCGUGUCGUGUGCCGAUGACAGUGACUGUGCCAAAGAUGAGAAAUGCUGCAACAAUGGAUGUGGACUUCAGUGUAUGGCUCCACUUAAAGUAAAGCCAGGAGUGUGUCCACGCAGAAAACUUAGAGCAGGAGUGUGUGCCGAGUACUGUGCCGAUGACAGUGACUGUCCCAACAAUGAGAAAUGCUGCAGCAAUGGAUGUGGACAUGUAUGUACAGCUCCAUAUACAGAAAAGCCAGGAGUGUGUCCACGCAGAAAAUAUGAACCAGAAAUGUGUGCCCUGAUUCGUUUCGUGUCAUGUGACGAUGACAGUGACUGUGCCAAAGAUGAGAAAUGCUGCAACAAUGGAUGUGGACUUCAGUGUAUGCCUCCAGUUAAAGCAAAGCCAGGAGUGUGUCCACGCAGACAAUAUACAGCAGAAAUGUGUACAUGGAUUCGUUUCGUGUCAUGUGACGAUGACAGUGACUGUGCCAAAGAUGAGAAAUGCUGCAAUAAUGGAUGUGGACUUCAGUGUAUGCCUCUAGUUAAAGAAAAGCCAGGAGUGUGUCCACGCAGACAAUAUGAAGCAUCAAUGUGUGCCCGGAUACGUUUCAAGCCCUGUGCCGAUGACAGUGACUGUGCCAAGAAUGAGAAAUGCUGCAGCAAUGGAUGUGGACGUCAGUGUAUGCCUCCAGUUACAGAAAAGCCAGGAGUGUGUCCACGCAGACAAUAUACAGCAGAAAUGUGUGCAAGGAUUCGUUUUGUGUCAUGUGCCGAUGACAGUGACUGUGCCAAAGAUGAGAAAUGCUGCAACAAUGGAUGUGGACGUCAGUGUAUGCCUCCAGUUAAAGCAAAGCCAGGAGUGUGUCCACGCAGAUAUUAUAUAGUACCAAUGUGUGAAGAGUACUGUGUCAAUGACAGUGACUGUUCCAACAAUGAGAAAUGCUGCAGCACUGGAUGUGGACAUGAAUGUAUGCCUCCAGAUACAGUCAAUAUUCCCUACUGAAGAGGACUCCAAAUAAUGUUCCCAUGAUGGUCAGUGCCCUGCUGAACAGAAAUGUUCCUCAAACAUGCAUGCAGUGAAACUCUGCCGAUUUAACCACCGGAAAGAGUAAUGAGAUUGAUUUUGCAGAAUACAUACUUGAGUUUUUUUACUUAAAUCAAUCAAUCAAAGUUGUUAAUUUCCUUUUCUUUCAGGCUUAACAUUUGUAUGCUUUUAAAAACAAAAUGUACCAACACUUUAGCUGAUGAUUUUUUUUUUUUUUGAAUUGCACAUAUGUAAAACCAAUCAUAUAAAAAACAAACAAACAAACAAACAAACAAAAACUGUUGUAUUCUUUUUGUAUUUUCUCGUUGGGAUUCUCUGGGAUGGAUAUGAGAUCCUCCCGGCCAUGAUUAAAGCAUAUUCAAAGGCA